AUGAGGACAAUGUUCAUCUCCCUUGGACUGCUUUUCACCCUCUCAAAUGCAGAAUUCCAAGUGAGUCUUCUGAAAGAGUCAGAAGGAGUUGUAACAGGCAGGUUGGCAGAUCUACUUUUGAGUCGGCCUCCAUGUGUUUUGGCAACACAGAGUGUGACUUUGGAGUACAGCCCUGACACCAACGAGAGCAAAACUUUGGCCAAUAUAUUCAAUGUGCCCCCAUGUCGGCUCAGAAGGAACGUCAUCUCAACCGUUGAGAAUAUGGCCAGUUCACUGUCAGCAGAAAACUGGGCUACUGUACUGACAAAUCUCACCACUGGGUCAACAUACUGGUUUCAGUAUGUGGUAGGAGCAGAGAAGAGCAACAUUCAGGAGGACUCUACAAGGCAAGUCAAGGACCACAAUCAAAUAGAUGAUGGCCUGCCAGCACGUAGUGAAGCCAUGGUGUUCAUCACUGUCAUACUGUCUGUGUCCAUGUUCACUUUGCUUAGUCACCUCCAGAUGCUCGAACUGAUCGCUGCCCAUACUUACAUCCACAGAGUCAAGACCCAAGGGCUCAGGGUAGUGUGGGUCAAGCAGGAUGCUCUCCUGAGGUUGGAGCUGGGCUAG